UAAAUAGCCCACACAAACCAUUAGGCACUGUCCCAAUUUACCAAAGAUGACAACAACUGAUGGCACGACCACGGGGUCUUCCAGAGUCCAAUAUGAGACCAUCCAGAGCGUCACUGCCUUAAAGGUGACCGAGCCGCGCCUGACCCAGUCCAUCUUGGCCACCGACCCCGCCGGCACCGGGAUUUUCCAGAAAUGCUUCAACGUGAUUCUGUACUAUAGAGCGAGGGUGGAGGGCGAGACCGGCUGGGCCUUCGCGGGGUGGAUCAAGGAGUCGAUGGGAAGAGCUUUAACCGAGCAGCCGCUCCUCUGUGGGCGGCUACGGAGAGGCGAGGGCGGCAGUGGAGGAGAGCUGGAGAUCGUGUCAAACGACAGCGGUGCCAGGAUCAUCGAGGCCAAGAUUGGGUUGACCCUGGAUGAGUUUCUUGGCUCUGGGAGGAGGGCAGAUGGUGAGGCUGAGCUAGUGCAUUGGAAGGACAUCGAUAUGCAAAAUCCUCAGUUCUGUCCACUCUUUUACAUCCAGGUGACAAACUUUCUGUGCGGUGGGUAUUCAAUUGGGAUAAGCUGUAGCCUAUUGUUGGCAGACCCAAUCUCUACAAUAAAUCUCAUCAAGAGAUGGGCCACCAUCCAUAAUGACCUCAAUUUAAUUCCUGGAGACAAUGCACCCAAUAAACCCAUUUUCUAUCUGUCAAACAUCAAACGCACCGGCUCCCCAUCAACCUCGCUCGCCCCAAGUCCUAGCCCAAAGACUGUCCAAACAUUGGUCUUCAAAGCCGACGCCAUCGAUGCGAAGGCUGGCGGCAGCAAACUGAGCGAGGCGCUCGCGCUGCUAUGCGCCGAGGAGGCGGAGAAGAAGCUGAAGCACAAGAUGGGGUCGAAAUUUGCAUUGCUGGUGAAAGAAGAAUCAGGGAAUGUCAAGGCGGAGAGCGUUGAGAAAAGCAGAGCUGUUCAGGUCAAGAGUGAGAUGGCCAUAAGUGAAGUGACUCUGGAGAGUUUGGGCUUGAGUGGUGUAGCGUUCAGGAGAGGAAACGAGCCUGCUCUGGUCUCACAUUGGGUGGCGUCUCCUGAUGGGUUUGUGAUGGUGGCGCCAUGCACCGACGGCGACGGUGUGCCUGGAUUUAAUGUCUUUGUCACAAUUCCUAGAGAGUAAAUCACCUUUAUCAUGAGUUGCACCUGUUUGCCAUUUUGGCUUCUGUAUUGAUUAUCUUACAUAUUGUCUUGUCUUUUAGCCUUCUUGAA